AUGGAGUUUGUGGUGAAAUACCUGGACGUGAUCUUGGUCCCAGCAGGGCUCUUGAUAAUGUUCACUUACCAUCUCUACCUCAUCUACCGAGUUCUAAGAUAUCCUGAAACAACAGUAAUCGGAUAUGAGAAUAUCAAUAGAAAGGCAUGGGUUGAGAAUAUGAUGCAGGGUGAGAGUAACACAGGACUAGCUCUAACAGUAAUAUCGUCGAACAUAUCAGGUGCAAUCUACUUGGCUACUAUGACCCUUACACUUGGUACUCUCAUAGGAUCAAUACUGGGAAGCUCAACUGGCUAUCUCGCAAAGAACGUGUUUGUAAUUGGAGACACAAGCCCCACCACAAUUUCCCUCAAAUACAUAAGCAUUCUCUUAUCUUUCAUGUUAUCCUUUGGGGCGUUUGUUCAGUCAGCUAGGUACUUUAUCCAGGCUGAUUUCUUCAUAAGCACGCCGUGUGCGAAUAUGCCGGUGAUUUACGUGCAGUCGUCGGUGGUAAAGGCGAAUAAUUUUUGGCAGCUUGGGUUGAGGUUGCUCUAUUUUGCCAUGGCUUUCUUAUUUUGGAGUUUUGGGCCAAUACCAAUGUUUGUUUCAUGUGUGAUUGCGGUGGUGCUUCUGUUUUUCUUGGACUCCAAUUCGACGCCGGUGCAUAAAUAUCCGCCGGUGGGGAAGAAGAAGAAGGUGGAUGAUGUGUGA